AUGGCUGUUAUGUCUAGAGCAACCUCGUCCAGAUGGGCAAAGCUGCUACUGCUAGUCGCAGCUCUUUGCUGCUUAGUGUACCCUGCUGUGUCUGUGAAACACGAGAACUUCAAGACGUGUGAUCAGUCGGGCUUCUGUAAACGUAACAGAGCAUACGCCGAUUCGGCCGCCGCUUCCUCGUCCUCGUGGGUGAGCCCAUACGUCCUUGACUCUGCGUCUGUCACUUUCUCGAAGGGCCAGUUGUCAGGAACCAUCCUCAAGACUGUUACGACCUCCGACCGACCCGUCCGCCUGCCAAUCACAAUAUCUUUCUUCGAAUCUGGUAGCGUUAGAGUCACCAUUGAUGAAGAGAAGCGUCAGAAAGGCGAAAUUGAACUUCGCCAUGGUUCAAAGGCUCGGAAAGAGCGUUAUAACGAAGCAGAGAAGUGGGCCAUCGUUGGUGGGACUAAGCUCAGCUCUGGUGCUGCAGCUGCUCAAGACGCUCAGCCUGGCACCAGUAAGAUUAUGUACGGCCUCGGAACUAAGUUCGAGGCUAUCAUCAGUCACUCUCCUUUCGGCAUCGAGUUCAAGAGAGAUGGAGAACUACAUAUCAAACUGAACGACAGGGGUCUUUUGAACGUCGAGCACUGGCGUCCCAAGAUCGACAAGCCACAAGAAGAGAAGAAAGAAGGCGAAGACGAUAACACUGAGCCCAAGGCGCUGACAGAGGACGAGAGCACAUGGUGGGAUGAAGCAUUCGGUGGAAACACAGACACCAAGCCUCGAGGUCCCGAAAGUGUGGCCCUCGACGUCACCUUCCCUGGCUAUGAGCACGUUUUUGGUGUGCCAGAGCACACUGGACCUCUCUCAUUGAGACAAACUCGUGGCGGCGAUGGCAACUUCAACGAUCCUUAUCGCUUGUAUAAUGCCGAUGUCUUUGAAUAUGAGAUGAACAGUCCGAUGACACUUUAUGGUGCAAUUCCUUUCAUGCAAGCUCAUAAGAAGGACUCGACUGUCGGUAUCUUUUGGCUCAACGCUGCCGAAACCUGGAUCGACAUUGUCAAGUCCAAGUCGAGUGCAAAUCCCCUCAGUCUUGGUAUUGGAUCUCACACCGAUACACAAACCCAUUGGUUUUCCGAGUCUGGCUUGCUUGAUAUCUUCGUGUUUCUAGGUCCUACGCCCCAGGACGUCGUCUCGUCCUUCUCCGAAUUGACUGGCUACUCUCAGCUCCCCCAGCAGUUCGCCAUCGCGCACCACCAGUGUCGCUGGAACUACGUGACUGAUGAAGACGUCAAGGACGUCGAUCGCAAGUUUGACAAAUCUCAAAUCCCUUACGAUGUCAUCUGGCUCGACAUUGAAUACACAGACGGCAAGAAGUAUUUCACUUGGGACCCUCUGACCUUCCCUAACCCUAUUGGUAUGCAGAAGCAGCUCGAUGAUCACGAGCGAAAACUCGUCGCUAUCAUCGAUCCCCACAUCAAGAACGAGGGCGGCUACUCGGUCGUCGACGAACUUAAGUCCAAGGAUCUGGCGACUCACAAUAAAGAUGGCAACAUAUACGAAGGCUGGUGCUGGCCUGGAUCUUCCUACUGGGUCGACUGUUUCUCUCCUGCCGCUCGCAAGUGGUGGGGACAGUUGUUCCAGUAUGCCAAAUUCAAGGGAUCCGCUCACAAUCUGUGGUUGUGGAACGAUAUGAACGAGCCCUCUGUCUUCAACGGACCGGAGACAACUAUGCCGAAAGAUAACCUGCACCAUGGUAAUUGGGAGCACAGAGAUGUGCACAACCUCAACGGCCUUACACUGGUCAACGCCACUUUCGAGGGAUUGGUGUCGCGCAACAAGGAGGAGGAGAAGGCUGGAGGCGUCAGACCUUUUGUCUUGACCCGUUCGUUCUACGCAGGUUCGCAGCGUAUGGGAGCCAUGUGGACUGGUGACAACCAAGCGAAUUGGGAGCAUCUUGAAGCAUCUCUACCUAUGAUCCUGUCGUUGGGUGUUUCUGGAUUCCCCUUCGCCGGAGCCGAUGUGGGCGGGUUCUUCGGCAAUCCAUCACGAGAACUGCUCACCCGCUGGUACCAGGCUGGAGCUUUCUACCCCUUCUUCCGCGCACACGCCCAUAUAGAUACCCGCCGCCGCGAACCUUACCUUCUGCCCGAUCUUGAGAGGGGCAUCGUCACGCAAGCGUUGAGACUUCGGUAUGCCCUGCUUCCUGCAUGGUACACAGCCUUCCACGCUGCGAGCAAGACUGGAGCACCGAUCGUGCAGCCAAUGUACUACGCACAUCCAGGUGAUGAGAAGGGCUUUGCUAUUGAUGAUCAGAUGUAUCUCGGAUCUACCGGAUUAUUGGUCAAGCCCGUGACCAAAGAAGGUGCAAGCAGUGUCGACAUGUACCUGCCAGACAACGAGAAGUACUUUGACUACUCGGAUUACACAAGCUACAGCGGCCCUGGCCACGUCAAGAUCGAGGCACCGCUGGACAGGAUCCCGCUUCUCAUGAGAGGUGGACACAUUGUUCCAAGACGUGAUCGUCCAAGAAGGUCCAGCGGGCUAAUGAGGUUCGACCCUUUUACGCUUGUGGUGGUCCUCGGUAACGACGGCAAGGCAGAGGGUGAGGUCUAUCUGGACGAUGGCGAGUCAUACGACUACGAGCAAGGUGCAUACAUCCAUCGCAAGUUUACUUUCAGCGGAGCCACAUCAUCCCUCGCAUCGGAAGAUGUUGGCAUCAAGGGCAAGAAGACGUCGCAAUAUCUCCAGCAGAUGAAGGACGUCCAAGUGGAGAAGAUUGUGAUUGUUAAUGCACCGUCGUCGUGGAAGAGUAAGACGGAAGUUGAUGUGUCGGAAGAGGGAACAACUAGCAGCGGUUCGAGCAAGAAAGCUGGCUUCGGUUUCAUUAGUGGAGAAGCAGGCAAGGCAGAUUGGGCCGUAGUCAGGAAGCCAGGAGUCAGCAUUGGCGGAGGCUGGAAAAUCAGCUUUGCAUAG